UUAAAUGCCGCCCCCCUUGUCCGGCGCCGCCAGAGAGGGGAGCGCUCGCCCGGCCGUCGCUGUGCUCCUGCUAUGGACUGACCCGCCCGCCCCGCACCGCCCGCCACGAGCUGACACCAUGAACCAGCUGAUCCUUUGCACGCUGCUCCUCUUGGCCCAGGGGGAGCUGGCUGGGGCAUGUCCAGCGGGUUGCCAGUGCCAGGACCCCGAGACCAUCCUGUGUGCGGCCAGGCGGGGCCAGACGGUGCCCCAGGGGCUGCCCCCCAGCACCCUCUCCCUCUAUGUCUUUGAGAACGGUAUCACAUCACUCAGUGAGGACAGUUUUGCAGGGCUGCCCGCCCUCCAGCUCCUGGACCUCUCGCAAAACAAGAUCACCAGCAUCCAGAGAAACAUCUUCCAGCCCCUGACGGAGCUUGUCAACUUGGACCUGUCCUCCAACCAGCUGCAGGAGAUCACCAAUGAGACCUUCCAUGGGCUGCGGCUGCUGGAGCGGCUCUACCUGCAGAGGAACAGGAUCCAGCACAUYCACGCUGCUGCCUUUGACACGCUGGAGAAUCUGCUGGAACUAAAGCUGCAGAAUAACCAGCUCAGGGCUGUGCCUCCCCUCGACCUGCCCAACCUCCUGCUGCUGGACAUCAGCUGGAACAAGAUCCCUGCCAUUGCACCAGGGGCUUUCCAUGCUGUCAACAUUGAGUCCCUGAAGAUCGCAGGGCUGGGCCUGACGAGCUUAAAUGAGGAGCUGUUCCAGGUUCAAAACAACCUCCAUGAGCUGGACGUCUCUGACAACCUGCUGGAGCGUGUCCCRGCUGUGCUACGGCGGCUGGGCAGCCUCACCAGGCUCAGCCUGGCCGGUAACGCCCGCAUCUCCCAGCUGCCAGCCGAGGACUUCCAGAGCCUCCACAACCUCCAGGAGCUGGACAUCAGCAACCUCAACAUCAACACCAUCCCUUGGGAUUUCUCCGGCUUCUUCCCCAGGCUGCGGGCMAUGACAGCUGCCGGCAACCCCUUCAACUGCAUCUGCCAGAUGAGCUGGCUGGUGCAGUGGGUGAACGCCAGCGGCGUGGUCCUGCGGCGCCCUGAGGAGACGCGCUGCCACUUUCCCCCCAAAAACUCAGGCAAGCUCCUACAUCACCUGCAGUACGUUGACUUUGGCUGCCCCACCACCACGCCCACGCCCACCACGCCCCGCACCACCACGCUGCCACCACUUGCGCCGCUGCCCACCACCCACCGCCUGCCACCGCCCCCCAGCACCGCUGCACCUACCUCGAGGGCCAGGGACCCCCAGGGCAGCUCCACACUGGUGCCCUUCAGUGACGCCCUGGCCCCCACCAGCCCCCCAGUGCCCAUCUGUCCCCCCCGCACGUGUCUGAACGGCGGCACCUGCCACUUGGGUGCCCAGAACCUCCUGGAGUGCCUGUGCCCCACGGGCUUUGCUGGGGCGUACUGUGAGGUGGAGAUGAGGGGGACCACGCCAGCCCCGGGCACGCCGGCCCCACAGCCCGGCCAGGGGGUCAGCAUCGCCCAGGUGGGCAGCACCUCUCUCAAAGUGGACCUGCACAACUACAUCCAGUCCAAGGUGCCACUGAAGGGCAUCCGCCUGAGCUACCGCAACCUGUCGGGGCCCGACAAGCGGCCGGUGAUGCUGCGCUUGCCAGCCUCGCGCUCCGAGUACACGGUGCGGGCGCUGAAACCCAACUGCACCUACCGCAUCUGCAUUGGGGCACUGGGGGAGCUUCCCAAGGAGGAGCACUGUGCCGAGGCACAGACCCUGCCCCUCAGCCUACAGCAGCACUCCCCGGUCACCCAGAGCCAGGACCCCAACCUCGCCCUGAUCCUCGUCCCCGCGCUGGCCGCUGUGCUGCUGUUGGUGGUGGUGGUCACCGCCGCCAUGUACUACCGCCGGCACCGCCGGGCCAAGGCGCACGCUGGUGCUGGGGUGGAUGCCGGCCCGCUGGAGCUGGAAGGGGUGAAAGCCUGCCUGGAAAAUGGGGAUUUGAACAGCCAUGGGUGCAAGGUGCCAGAGGCAGCGAUGCUUUCCGGUGGCUCUGAGUGUGAGGUGCCGCUCAUGCAGUCACACUACCCCAGCAACAACAACACCCCGGGGCUCAAACCCUCCUAYUUCUGAACCCACAGGGCUGCCAGAGCAGGACACAGGAGGGCUGAGCUCCAGCAGCAGCACCUGGCCAAGUCCCUUUGGGAUACAGGUUGCCAAGGAGCUGACUGAAUCGAGGCAGAAACCCCUCCAAUCCCACAACGUGCAAUUUCCAAGAGGCUGCCAUGCUUCAGGAGGAGACACAAGUUUUACUGCCCUGUGCCUUGAUUUCUGUGACUUUACCUAGAAYGUGGAUAGUGGAAGAGAAGAGGGGGUUAAUUUGGGGGUGGGGGGGGCUUUUUUUAGCUCCUGCUAAAGAGAAAGCUGCUGUGACUCGGCUGAAGGACGCCCACGUGCUGGUAACAAGGGUCCUUUAGUGGAGCACAGCCCAUGACUSGACUCCCUGGAAGCUGAUGUGAGCAAUAUGGCCCGGCCGAGGUGCUGGGACCCUCGGGAACCCCGGGCCAAAGGAAGCGCCGAGCAGGCAAACCGGGAAUUGAAGCUUUAAGAACUCAGAGAGAAUAUUUAUACACCGUUAUUUCCCAUUUCUUCUGGGAAAACUUUUUUUUUUUAGUA